CAGUUAAUAUCAAUUUUCAAUUUAUCAGUUUUAUCUUUCUUGUGUCGGCUGUAGAGUUUUAAGUGAUUACUGUUUUUGAUAUCUGUAGUUUUGUCACGUUUUGUGUUGGUUUGAUGAUCAUCUAAAAUCUUAAAGGAAGGUAUAGGUAUAUUUACUAACUAUUUUUUCAGUAGCAUUAGCAAAAAUUACUAGGUGUUUCAACAAAAAGAUUUUUUGAAACAAAGGUGGUCUGUCAGGCCAAGUUUACGACAUAAAAGUUAAGUUUUAAAUAAUCUACAUUGUAGAGAUUUUCAGCACCUUUCAUAAAAAUGAACACCUACAUUUUACAUUAUAUUUUACAAAAAAAAUCGUUUUAUUUUUUUCAAAAAAAUUUUCGUUUCAAAGAACUUCUUAAUUUUUCUUAUGCAAACAACUUAUUGCUAUUUAUAAGUAACAAACCAUUGUAAUAAUAAUUUUUAUUCUAAGGGCCGGUUGUUCAAACGCUAAUCAGCAAUGAUCAUUCUCAAAUAUUUAAUUACUGUCACCAACUGUCAAUGUCAACUUUGUUUGGGUUGCUGAAAACAUAAUUGAUUACAAUUAUGAAAUUACUUAAUCAAUUAUGUUAAUAAUUGUUAUGUUAAUUGAUUAACUAAUCUCAUAAUUAUAAUCAAUUAUGUUUUCAGCAACCCAAUAAAAGUUGACAUUGACAGUUUUGGUGACAGUAAUUAAAUAUUUGAUAGUGAUCAUUGUUGAUUAGCGUUCGAACAACCGGCCCUAGUUGUUUCAUUAGGUUUGUUCCAACCCUUCACAUUACCGUUCUGGAAUGGUUAGGCUAGGCGUAUGCGCAUGUGCAAUAACGUAUAAUUAUGCGCAGUAACACAUUUUUCGUUACUGCGCAGACUCAUAACAAUCUGGUGAUUUUUAGCAAAAUCUGGCAACUUUUGAAGCGAUUGUCUGGUGAUUUUUAGUUUUUUGACCUGGCAACCUUGAGUCUGGGUUCUACGACUGAGCGAACAACAUCGCUUUGAAUUUUAAGGUGGCAUCUGAGUUUAAAUAAAGAACACGUGGAAGCAAAUAAAUUAAUAUGUCCACAGGAAUAUAACAUCAAUAUCAGUUACAGCAACAUUGGAAGUCUUGAGUAAAUACCAAAAAGGAAAUAGCAACAAAUUUAAAUAUAAGUUUCAACCAGUAAUGCCGGUCAUUAUAAAACUCAGAUAGCCACCUUAAUUAUGGGACCAUCUCCUACUUUGGAGUACCCAAUUUUGCAUUGUUUUUGAAAGACAAAACCAUUACUUGAUUCCACAGCUACCAAUAUAGCAACUGUUUUGGCUACUAUCUCACAUCAAUCCAUCAGCUUUGUAUGUGGCAGUUCAUUACCUUCUGAUCGAGGAUCAUCUUAAGAGGACUUCAUUGGACAACAGUGUGUUUUUGAAAAGAUAAGGCUAUAUUUUUUUAUUGUUACUUAAAUUCCUAAUAACUUUGAUUUUUGUGUACUUUUUGUAAACUGCUCUAUAUCGAUAUAAACCAGGUACAUUUUAUAGUUCUUUGUAAAAUAGGGGGGUUUGUUUUUCUCUUUAAGAGAGUUGUAUUUCAAGUAAAAGGUAAAUAAGUAAUGGUCAAUAAUAAUUCUAAAUAAAUUCAGGCAUAAAAGCAAUAAUCAGGCAUACAAUUUUAUAAGAAAGUAAAUACAUUAUUACAAGGAUUUUCACAUUUAAAUAUUAUUCAAUUUAUAUAUAAAAGUCAUUGAACCCGACUCAUUUCAAUAAAUUUCAGAUAUUUCCCAGCAUCUAUAGGGUAAGCUUAGUUCUUCCAUAUAGAUCUGGUAUGUAAGAUUUGGACACGUGAUAGUCCAGUUAGAUAUUAAGUACUAACAAUAUUAUUAAGACGUUGGCUAUUCUCACGGACUCGAUGAUACAUUUCUACUAAUACCUUUUUGCUUAGCACAGUAGUGGUUUUUUUUUGUAUUUACUAGUGGCUUUUCGGUCGUAUUUUAUCUCAACACCCUACUGUUUUCAUGGUUUCUAUUUACCUAAUAUGUAAAUAAAGUAUGUAUACUUUUACUUACUUUAUAGAUUUAUUUAACAGAUAUUGUUUAAUAUAAAUAAAUUAUCAAUAUAUUUGUCAUUCAUACUUUUGAUUUUUAUUUCAGCCUAUUACCAGUAUAUAAAAUAGCAAUACAAAGUAAAUAUUGAAUUUUGUUGUAUUUCAGGAAAUUGUCUUCAGUGUCAUUGCGUUCCUGUCGUUCGUUACUUUAAAAAAAUCUCGAACCUUUCCAACUGCUUGGUUCCUAGAGCCGAGUUCGUUCGAGUUGGCGCCCUUUGUUCUUCUUCUUUCUUCGUUGUACCUCGAUAUUAUUUUAUCUCUAGCAUUCUUAUCUAUUUACCUUCCAUUUUUUGUAUUAAAUAGGUCUCAUUUUAUCCCUUCUUUGUUCCCAUAUUUCUAAACAUGUUCAGUGCAUAAAAGCUAGCCCGAAUCCCGACUUGAGAGUUUGUGUCUCUCCGUCAAUUUUAAUUGGUUCCUCUGAGCUAAGCCGUUCUUCAUUUUAUCUGAAAUAUUUUCUCUUCUAUUUUCCUCCUCUUUAUCAGUUUUUUCUCUUCCAAAUCCCAAUACCUAGAGUAUUGGGUUACAAAUUGGCGCCCAACGUGGGGUAUUUUUGCACUUAACUUCUGGCUUUUUAUCUUUGGUCGUUGCAUUUUAACUUUUAGUUUUGUUCUUUCACUUUUAGUUUUCAGUUAAACGGUUGGUUUUUUUUUGUUUUGCUUUUGCACAUUAUCUAUUGUCUAUAUCUUAAAUAAACUUGUUUUGCUGUAUACUGGGUAGACUGAAUAAAUUGCCUUGUUUUGACUAAUUAAGUACCUAUUUUGGUUUAAAAAUAAAUAAAUUAGAAUAUAUAAUAAAAUUUUCAAUAUCUCAAAUUUAACGGUUUCACAUCUUUUAAAAGUCCGGAGUAGCAUCAACGUAACUCACUUCACUACCUGAAAGUAACAUUUUUGGAAUUUUUUAGGUUUCUCUGGGGUUGUAACAGUGCACUGCAUCUACCUUCACGACUAGACAGACGAAUAAACAUUACUGGUAUAAGUAUUCACUAGAACAUUAGCUUGAGGACAGAGAGUAAGUUAAACUUUUCCUACGUUAUCAUAUCUCAUUCUCAAGUGUAUCUCUUAGUUGUGUAACAUGACAGCGUUUAAGGUAGAGCAUUUGCUAGCUCCUGAGUUGGAGUAUGAGUUGAGAGUCCGUCAAUUAAAUGAUCCAUCGAUAGCAACAGUUGAUCAGAAAAGGGUAACAUUGAGAGGUGCUUUGACGCAAACUUCAGCGAACCGAAGUCAUGCUGUUCUGUCAGCUUCCCAUCUUAAGUUUAGUGAGGAGCUUCCUGAAAUAGAAGUUACUUUAGCAGAUCUCAAGGCCAAAAUUAGUGCGUUUGUUGGUACCUCUAGUGAUACUGCCUAUGGUCGUUAUACUUCUCGGUUGGGUCAUGUUGCAGGUAGAGUCCAUCUGUUGGAACCUAUAACAGAGGAAGAGGAUGCAGUGAAGAGGUCUCUUAAUUUCAGAAUUUUAGCUCUGGAAGGUGAACUUGAUUUCAAAGUGACUCCACAAGCUCACUCCACCCCUCAUAACACUAGUGUCUCAGUAAACUCCUUUCCCUUCAUUAUGUCGGCUCCUAUUCAUAAAUGGGGUGUACAUUUUUCAGGUAGUACGAAUGAAAAUGUUGUUAGUUUCUUGGAGAAAAUAGAAUGUCUGCGUCUAGCGCGUGGGAAUAGUGAGGAGGAGUGCUUUUCGUCUGCAGGAGACCUAUUUAAAGAUUCAGCCUUUACUUGGUACCUCAAUAACCGAGGUAGCUUUACUUCAUGGCAGCAGUUAGUUGCCAAACUUAAAUCGGAUUUUCUUCCUUAUAAUUAUGAGGACACGUUAUUAGACGACAUAAAAUCACGUAAACAAGCUCCUCAACAGAAAGUCACUAUUUUCAUUAACGAAAUUGUUAGUCUAUGUAAACGUUUGGAGGUUCCUCUGUCUGAGUCACAUAUAGUUAGGAUUAUUAAGAAGAAUUUGUUGCCGUCGUAUCAUUCCAGUCUAGCACUUACAGAUAUUCCAUCUAUUGGUGAUCUUACUGAAAAAUGUAAGAGAUUAGAAGAAGUUUUGUCAUGGUCUUCUGAACCUGUAUCUAGUGUCCCUAGUCGGUCAAAUGGUAGAAAUAACGAAUCGUCCUAUUCUGGUAGGCCAAAUUAUUCUCGGUCUGGUAAUGUCUCUACUUUUAACUCCAGAAUUACCUGUUGGAAUUGUCGACAGCCAGGACAUGGGUAUUUUGACUGUUCUGAACCUAGAGGUUUGUUUUGCUAUGGGUGUGGAAGUCAAGGAGUCCGUAAGUUUGAGUGCGAAUUCUGUUCGGGAAACGACAGAAGGGGUGGGUCGUCUCCCCUGGCUCCCAUUCCUCAUCAAAAUACAGGGAAUACCCUAGAAAAUCCUCAAGACCCAGGAACCAGUUUCUCGAGUCAGGAGGCCCAUGCCUCAACCCCUCAAACAUCCUAACCUCCACCAAAAGACAAAAGA